AUGACCCGGUUUGAGUUUGAAGCUCAAGGCUACGAUUUGUUCACUACUGCACUUGGAUUCCGUAUACUGAGGCAGCAUCACCAUUAUGUCUCUCAUUGUGUUUUUGACAAGUUCAUUGACCAACAAGACAAAAGAUUCAAAGAAACCUUGGGUGAUGAUGCUAAGGGGCUGCUCAGCCUGUAUGAAGCAGCCCACUUGAGAACCCAUGGGGAACAAAUCUUGGACGAAGCCGUGACUUUCACGGUGCAUAAUCUCAAGCGUAUGGUACAACAGUUGGAGUCUCCACUUCAAGACCUCGUGAAGCGAGCCCUGGAGAGACCUCUACACAGGGGCCUUCCGAGAAUGGAAACUCGUCAUUAUAUUUCUUUUUAUGAGAAGUACGACUCGAAGAACGAACAACUUCUUCGACUAGCCAAAUUGGAUUUUAAUCAAGUACAGAGUAUCUAUAAGAACGAGCUGCACGAACUCACAAGGUGGUGGAACGAGCUAAACCCACAGCUACCCUAUGCGAGAAAUAGAAUUGUUGCAGCCUAUCUGUGGGGUGUUGCAUCCCAUUUCGAACCCCAAUAUUCCUAUAUGAUAGAUAUAUGUAGUGCCUACAAUAAAGGGCUCAAGUACACUAUGGGAGGAGAAGUGCCUUCAUUCGAAGACUACAUUCAGAUGACCGUUAUCACAAGUGUCAUCUACGUGGCUUGUGCUGCUACGUUCGCGGGCUUGAAGUCUGUAUGUGAAGAAACCAUAAAUUGGUUUAAGAGUGAGCCCAAAAUUAUUAGGCCUUUGGCAGAGAUGAAAGAUAUAUGUAGUGCCUACAAUAAAGGGCUCAAGUACACUAUGGGAGGAGAAGGGCCUUCAUUCGAAGACUACAUUCAGAUGACCGUUAUCACAAGUGUCAUCUACGUGGCUUGUGCUGCUACGUUCGCGGGCUUGAAGUCUGUAUGUGAAGAAACUAUAGAUUGGUUUAAGAGUGAGCCCAAAAUUAUUAGGCCUUUGGCAGAGGUAUGCCGGUACUUGGACGACAUAGGAAGCUAUGAACGCGAGAGUCAGGAGGGAGCACUCCUGAUAGGGUUGGAUUUCUACGUGAAAGAUCAUGGCGGUUCGAUGGAAGAAGCCAAGGAUAAGUUUGUGGAGCUAGCCGAGGAUGCUUGGAAACAUUUUAAUGGUGAAUGGAUAACAAAUGUGAGAGUUAGUGGGGUGCCAAAGGAUGUGGCAGAGGAGCUUAUUGGUUACGCACGAGCAGCCGAAAUCUUCUACAGGAAUGGCAGGGAUGGGUACGCCAAAUGCCACGCUAUGGCACCAGAAAUCAAAGGCAUCUUGGUGGACCCCGUUAUUGUUUGA